AUGGUUUCGAAGAAGGCGAUGGCCAGUUUGGUGCUGGUGUACGUGGUGUCUAUGCUGGCUGAACAGACCGAAGGCUUCGUGCCGUUUUUCACCCAGAGCGACUUCCGAAAGAUGCAGGAAAAGGAGAGGAACAGAGAGCAGAAGAAAUCCCUGACCCCUCUGCAGCAGCCGGAUGAGGAAGGCCUCUCUGAGCAGGCUGGCGCAGAUGUCAAGACGAUCCAGCUAGCUGUUCCUGUUAAAGCCGGGAUGUGGCUCAUCUCGAGGCAGCUGGAAAAAUACCAAGAUGUCCUGGAGAAACUGCUCGCGGAGGUGCUACAGGACACCCUAGACGGUGAGGAGCUGAGGAGGAGAAAAUGA